GAGGACAACCCCAAGGACAAGAGGCUGCGUGAGCUGAUAAGUGGUGUCUACAAGCGCAAGAAUCCCGAGAAGCUCGCCGAGUUGGACAAGCUGUUGGAGAAGUAUGCCGACAAGCUGGAGCAGGCUUAUGCGUACGUCUGCGAGAAGUACGGUGAGGAGCAGGAGCCCAUCGAGCCAAGUCGAGAAGCUGAAAGCGCUGAAAGUGGCGCCGAUGUGAGCAGUGAGGAGAGAAGCCUGCGAAGCGGCAUGGCCGCAAGAAGCACAGGGAAAGGGUGAAGCCAUCACCGGCAUCCGACGCCGCUGUGAAGAAGGAAUCACACAAGGAGAAGGAGAAGGACAGGAAACGGAAGGACAAGGAUAGAGAGAAGGAAAGGAAGCGACACAAGGAUGGCUCUGCGCCGAUGCACAUGAUGCCGCCUGGCAUGAUGAUGCCUGGCUGGCAUGGGAUGCCCAUGCACCCCGGCCUUCCCAUGCCGGGGAUGAUGCCCGGUCAUCCGCACUGGCCACCUUUCAACCCUCGCUUCCAGGAGGAGCAAUGGACAGGAAGGAGAAGAAGGAUGCCAAGAAGGAGAAGAAGGAUGGCAAAGAGAAGAAGGACAAGGCGGAGAAGAAGGAGAAGGAGAAGGAGAAGGAGAAGGAAAAGGAUGCAGAGCCAGCUCCCCCUCCAGGUGCAGGUGACUCCCUCAAGGCAGCUCGCCUGCGGGAGCUGAUCCGGGGCAUCUACUUCCGUCGCAAUCCCACCAAGCUAUCCGAGCUGGAUGGAAUCUUCGCGAAGUACGCCGGCGCGGAGUGGGAAGUCUACGAGCAUGUUUGCAAGAAGUACGGCGAGCCAAUGCUGGAGGCUGCAGACAACGGCACAAAGGCGUCCAAAAUCGAAGGCCUCUCCCCUCCAAGGCAGGGAGGGGCCGAGGGAGAGCACGCCAAGGGGAAGGCUUCGCUGGAGGACCAGCCAAUCACCUGGCCCUUUGAGGAGGAGUUCGAGGCCAACUCGCCCUCCCCAAGCCCGCAUGAUGCUGAGCCUCCCCAGGCGUGCGAAGAGCCAUGGAGGCCGGUACCAAAGAAGGCGAAGGGAACUUCACUGGUCAAGGCUCCAGUCGGUGCCAGCGCAACAACUGCGGCAAAAGCGCGCAUCGGCAAGGUGUUGGCUCAGAGAGAGGCGGCUCCCUGGGUGCCACCCAAGCCGGAGGUGGCCUCGGCCUGGGGCGGCGAGGUGGUGUCCAAGGCCUCGGAGGAGGACGCCCGGCGGAAGCUGCUGCAGGAGUUGUGGCCGCAGCUCAAGGAGCCAACAGAGGUGAGGAAGGCACAGCAGGUCCCGGAGAAGGAGGUAAAGAAGGAGAAGGAGAAGGAGGUGGAGGUGAAGAAGGAGGUGGAGGUCAAGAAGGUGGAGGCGAAGAAGGAGGUGAAAAAGGAGGUGGUGAAGCAAGAGAGGGAAAAGCCCAAGGAGCAGGCCAAAGAGGAUGCGAGGCCGGUACCUACGGCGGCGAAGGCGGAGGUUGAGCCAAGGAAGCCAGCCCGAGCAGGCCCCAAAUGUGUGGCUGCAGCAGACCUGGCCCAGGCCGAAGGCAGCGACAGCGAAGUCACAGAGGCACCCAGUGACGAGGAGGAGGCGGCCGACGCUGGGCAGGCUGACAAGUCAGACCCUGGACCACUUGCUUCGGUGCCGGUGUCGGACGCUCUGCCAGCUUCGCACAGCCAGAAGGCAACUGAGCCCGCGUCAGCUGCGCCGGCCCCAGCGUCCGCGCCAGCCACCGCAGUGCCAGCUGUGCCAGCUGCGCCUGCUGCGCCAGCUGCGCCAGCCGUGUCGGCAGCAGCUGCAGCGACUGCAACGGCACCUAGCCCAGCCACAGGCCCAAGUUCAUGCCCGGCUCAAGCCACGCCUCCAUCUGCAACCCUGCCACCUCCACCGGCCCCACCAGUCCCACCAGUCCCACCAGCCCCACCUGCCCCAGCUGCGCCUGGGCCACAUGCAGGGCUAGCGCAGCCUGGAGGUCAGGCGCCAUGCGCAGGUCAGGCGCCAUGCGCAGGUCAGGCGCCAUUCGCCAUGUUGCGCCCACCGGUGAUGCAGCAACCAGGAAUGGCAAUGUGGCAGCUGCGGCCAGGCAUGCAGUUUGCUCCAACCCUGCCACUGCCAGGCAUGGCGCCCCAGACCUUCAUCCUUCCAGGCUCGCUGCCGGGUGUCUCCAUGCCACAGCUUGGCAGCGCGCCUGGCUGGCCGGCUCUGCUUCCGGGCCCUGGUCCGCCCGUGGGCCCGAGAUAGUGGAAAAAGGGGUUGCUGGAUCGCGAAGCGUUGCCGUUGAGUUGCGGUUUUCGGGGGC